UGACAUUGUAAUGUAAAAUCUUGCAGAUGUUUAUCUUGCUGGGACAGUCAUGUUAAUAUUUGGAAUGGGCUUGUAUGGAUUAUUCAUCAGUAACGUGAAUCCAGAUGUGCCUGCUGAUGUUGAUCGUGCCCUCAAAGGCUCAUCCUUGUUUGGAAUGUUUGCUAUGAAGGAGAGACCAAAAUGGAUGAAAAUAAGUUCACUGGAUGAACUAAAGACUAAAGUGGGACAUGUUAUUGUCAUGAUUCUUUUAGUGAAGAUGUUUGAAAGAAGCAAGAUGGUGACAAUAGCCACUGGUAUGGAUCUACUUAGUUAUUCUGUAUGUAUUUUCCUGUCAUCUGCUUCUUUGUACAUCCUUCAUCAUCUUCACAAGCCAGAAUAGAGAUGUUAGAUUCAGAGCUCUUAUAAUGUAUGAGUAUUGUUCAAAACAUUUUAAUGUAACUGUAAUACUAAUACCUUGGAACGCAUCUGAAUGAGAAUGAAUCCCAAUCUAAUAUGGGUUUUCAGACAUUCUAAA